CGAAUCAAGUUCCUACUAUUAACUUUGAUUCUGUUUCAGCACAGCACAAAGAUGAAGUUAGCAUUAUUUCUUGUACUGCUGUCAGCGGUUCUCAAGAUAUCAGAUUCAGCUGGAAUUGAGACCGGAGCUGUUAUCAAGGACAAAAUUGUGUGUACUUCUGACUCCCCAGACUUUAUUGCACACCCAACAAGAUGUGAGCUGUACUAUGACUGUGCCAAUAGCAAACCGCAUGGAACGUCCAUGGCUUCCUGGGAAACAUAUGAAGCGGUAUGCUCGUCUUACAAAGACCAGCUCUUCAACAACGACACCAAGAGAUGUGAACACUACUCCAUGGUCGAGUGUGGCAACAGAUUUGAACCCAUUUAUCGGUGUGACUACAGACUGGAAGGCUAUCCACGGAUUCCAUGCAAUGUGUAUAACCCGUCUUGUAAGGGCCGGCCAGAUGGCCUCAACCCGUGGGUGCCGCGCUAUGAAUCGCCAUAUUUCGUCGUAUGUAAGAGCAACAGAACCGUGUAUCAAGGAAUGUGUUACUUUUACAACGGCUAUGCCUUCAUCUUUGACGUCAAAUUGAGAACCUGUGUCAUAUACAUGGGCUAGUUUUAAGACGUAAAGCCGGAAGUUGUUGAAGUGAUGGGUUUCAUGAACAAAAUAAAAUCACAUAAA